ACAAAGUGAAGACGUCUGAUGGUCUGCCUUGGAAAAUACUAGAAUGAAACGUGCUCAUAGCAGCCAAAAUCCUGUUUCUGAAAAUGAAAAUAGUACUGUUGAUAUCCCUAGGAAAAUGGUCAAAUCUUUGAAAACUGCAGGCAUUGUGACAAAAAUAUCGUUAGAAAACUUCCUUUGUCAUGAUAAAUUAGAAGUAAAAUUCAAUGAGCAAAUCAAUUUCAUCAUAGGGAAAAAUGGCAGUGGAAAAAGUGCUGUACUUACAGGAAUUGUUGUCGCCCUAGGAGAAAGGGCAUCAGCCACAUGUCGAGGCAUGGGUAUCAAAGAUUUUGUGAAAACAGGAAAAUCUAAAGCUGUAGUAUCAGUAACCCUUUCAAACAAAGGUCAAGGAUCCUAUAAGCGAGAUAUUUUUGGAGACACAAUCACGAUUGAAAGGACCAUAAAUGCUUCCACAGGAUCUGGGGGAUAUAAAAUUAUCAAUCACCUUGGUAAAACGAUGAGUACCAAACGUUGUGAUCUGGAUCGAAUCCUGGCUAAAAUGAACCUUCAAGUGGACAAUCCUGUCUGUAUUUUAAACCAAGAGACUGCAAAAAAUUUUUUGCAUAGCAAUGAUGCCAACCAGAAAUAUAAACUGUUCGAACGUGCGACACAGAUGGAUGUAAUGCGUGAUGAAUUUUCAAUAGCAGAGAGUGAGCUAUCCAGAAGUAAAUCUUGCAUGAAAGAAAAACUACAGAGCUUAGAAAUGUUACGAAUCGAUUUAAAGAAAUGGCAUGCAAAAAAAGAGUGGUACGAGGCAAUUAAUGAAAUCCACGACAAGAAAGCAAAAUUGGAAAACGAAAUAUUAUGGGCACAAGUUGAAGACCUUGAAAGAGAGGUCUCUGAUGCGCUGAAAAGGAAGGAGAACCAGUUGGCAGAAAUCCAAAGGACAGGAGAGAAAAUGCAGGAGCAAGAAGCACGACUAGCCAAGUUGAAAGAACAUCUUCAGACACGGAAAGAAUAUGCCACCGAAAAGAGGAAAGAGCUGCAAAUCGCUCGAACUGAAUGCGCCGAAGUUGAAAAACAAUCGCAAGAAAUAGUUAGCCGCCAAAGAGAAUUUCAGUGUGAACUUCGUCAACUGGUCGUUGAUAAACAACGACUCACAAACGAUAAGCAAGCGCUAAUCAAGGAAAUAGACAAAUUAAAAAAAGCACACGGAGACGGCGAAUAUGCCCAAAAAAAAGAAAGACGAGAGAAUGAGUUGCUGAAAUUAAAAGAAAGGGAAGAAACGUUGAAUUCUUCACGGAAAGUUUCUGAACAUUUGGUCGAACAACUCAAAGGUGCCUUGGUCCAACUGAAACAUGAGGCAUCGGCUUCCCGGAACGAACUGUCACGCAUUCAAAAAAGUUUGGACACGAACAUUAAAACGCUGGCGGAGCUAAAAAAAUCGGAUUCAAAUGCAUAUGCUGUGUUCGGCGAAUGGAUCCCUAAAUUGCUCCAAAAAAUUGAGAGAACAUCGUUCAGAGGAACUAAGCCUAGAGGUCCAAUCGGUGCUUACAUAAAACUUCGAGAUAAAUCAUGGGCGCCGGUGGUCGAGACGUUUUUGGGACAAAGACUUUCAUGCUUUAUCUGCUCUAAUGAUGAAGAUGCAAAACUACUCAACAGAUUGAUUGACGAAGAGAUUCCGCGAAAUAGACCAAAGCCAAACAUUAUAACUUCUUCCAUUAGUGGUCGGCUACAUGAUGUUAGCAAUUACAAAGUUCGAUGCAGUCCUGAACUACGAAGGAAAGAUAUCCAUUGCUUAAUGGACAUGUUAAUUAUUGAUGAUCCUGACAUUGCCAACAUCCUAAUCGACUUGAAUGGUAUUGAGCAAGUUCUUCUCAUUUGUGAAGAUCGAGAUGCGCGUCAUUUGUUGGCCGAUGUCAAACGAGUACCCGAGAAUUGUAAAAACGCCAUUACAAAAGAAGGCAAUACUUAUUAUCCUGACCCGAACUAUCGUUCUUAUUGUGGUAAGGUAAAAAAUUCUGCGCAAUUAUUACAAGCUUCAGUGGAAGACGCCAUUCGAAACGCUGAUGAAGAAAUUGGCAAUUUACAUCGCGAACAAGAUAGAAUUCGUCAAAACUUAAAUAACUUAAGUAUGCAAAUUCAGAAUAACGAAGGGCAAUUAAAACAGGAAGAGACUAAACUCGCCUCAACACGAAGAGAAAUAACAUUAAUUCGUGAUAAAUCACGGGUACUGGAGAACGACAACGACGUCGCUGAGCCGACUGAUAUCCUUGCUCUGGAAGAAGAUUUACUCGAUGUUCAAGCAAAGUUAGACAGAAUUGAUGGUGAUUUGGAAAAUAAGACUGCGACUCUCGAGGAACUGAAACGUGAAUUGCAUAAAGUUCGCCAGACUAUUACACAGCACCAGACUAUCAUUUCCUCGCUGAUGACCGGGUGUGGACCGUUGCAGGAUGCAUUUAGAGACAACGAAAUUCAACAAAGAAACAUCAAGGAAAAAGUCGAAAUGCUUGCGGCCUCAUUAAAUAGCAUGCAGUCCAAGUUUAAUAAUUUUGAAUCGAAUUACGAAGCCGCUAAGUCAAAAGCGGAAUUUGAAGCAGAAAACGCAACACAGGUUUGCGCCCGUGUUCCAGUUACGAAGUCGUUAAAGAACCUUAAUUCUGAAUUGCGGCAAUUGAAAGAACAAAUAGUAGCUCAAGAAAAGGAAUAUGGAUCUCCAGAAUACGUUUUGAAUGAGUAUCGACGACGCAAAGCAGACUACGAACGGGCUCUCUCAGAGAUCACAUGUUCUCAGGGUUCAUUGAAAAAAAUGAAACAAAUGAGCAAACAACGCAAGGAGUUCAUCUCCAGAUUCCGGAACAGCAUCGAAUCUAGGACACACCAUGUCUUUCAAUCUCUUUUGAAAACUCGCAAUUUUGAAGGAGAAAUCCGUUUUGAUUCCAUUGAGAAGACGUUAACGUUAAUUGUUACUCCACCUGGCCGUGAGGAGUCAUUGCAACCUACCUCAAAACGCGGUCGUGGUAACGAGACCACUGAUAUUCGUUCCUUAAGCGGGGGGGAGCGAUCUUUCGCCACUGUUUGUUUCAUUUUAUCGUUGUGGGAUGCCAUUGAAAGCCCAUUCAGAAUCCUCGAUGAGUUUGACGUUUUCAUGGAUCAUGUGAACCGGUCUAUUAGUAUGGAUUUGUUGAUAACCGAAGCCAGAGAAAAUUCGGGUCGCCAAUUCAUUUUUCUUACACCACUUGGUUUAGAGAAGCAACAGCUCACCAACAUGGAUGGCCUAUCUAUUUUCAAGAUGGCGGAUCCGAAUCGUCGCGACGAAGAGGCAAUUUAAUUUUCAAGCGUUGCUCUCUUUUUUUUUCAUUUUUUUUGGUUAUCUGGAUACCUUUUCAUGUAAAGCAAACAGUUACUGUGUUACGCGGACCGCAUCCUUUUUAUGCUAAUUAAUUGAAAUUCUUGUUUUGCUUAUCUUGUGUUUUAACCCCGAAUUUUUGCAAAAUAUGCCGAAGUUAAGUAUAACAUUUCUACAGUAGAUGUCACGAACCGCCAUGGGCGAUUCUCUCUAAGGACCAACGAAAACCCCAAAAAAUUGAGGUCAAACAUCACUAAAUAUGUAUCGCCCGAAGUAUACGGGCAUUACUGUAGGGUUAUAAAUAAAUUACUCUUCCGG